GCGCAGCCGCCAUACGUACGUCCGUGCGUGCGCGUUGCCUCUAGUAAAGCAAGAGGGGGCACAGUUCCCUCGCGCUUCGGAUGGCGUCAGCGGUCUCCAGGCAACAGGCCAACCGUCAGUCAGUCAGUGAGGUUCACAAUCACGGCGGCAGCGGUCACGGUCCUCUCUCGGAUCCGGUGCACGUUUCUCCGGUUUAGUGUCACAGACAUGUGAACGCAGCGCAGGUAACGGGUGGAUGUGUGCUGAAGAACAGAACCGAACCCUCCGGUACACACUGAACCUGACACAUUGUCGGCGGAUCCGCGCGCGCUCCCGAGUUGUCUGAGGGAAUUUUAUGCGGACGGUGGAGACGCGUUGUCGCCAAUUUAGGUGGACUUUUAACGCUUUGUGCUUUGUAUGUCAUGAUAUUUAAACGUUUAACACGCUUUAAUUACGUUCUAAUGGACUGCUAUUUCACGACGAGCAAACUGUGGAGAAAUUCUGACUGACUUUGAAUUUAACUACAAGGCGACUUUCCGUCAGAAAAUGCUGAAAUUUCACAAUUCUGAUCUAUGGAUUGCUUGGCUGUUCUUCUUUCGUGUCGACGAACAACCUCCUGGACAUCAACCAGUCUGGUUUCAAGAGCGGUCGUUCCACUGAGACUGCGCUGCUGUCGGUCAUUGAAGCCCUGAGAUUGGCAAGAGCAGCCUCUAAAUCAUCUAUACUCAUCCUACUGGAUCUAUGACACCGUUAACCACCACAUUCUCCUGUCGACCCUCAAGGCUAUGGGUGUCUCUGGAAUGGUGCCACAAUGGUUCAAGUUUUACCUCUCAGUGUGUGUCCAGACUCUGGAGGUGACAGUGAGUCAGAGCAGUGUUCAGGUGGCCAGAGGUCAGGCGGUCAUCUUGCCGUGUACAUUCACCACCAGUGCUGCUCUCAAUAAUCUCUACAUCAUAUGGAUGGUUACACCCCUCGCCAACGCCAACCAACCAGAGCAGAUGCUCUUGAAAAGCCAAAUGAUGAACAGUAAGGCCAGUUUUCCUGUAAAGAUGCUCAAGCCGCCGACCAGAUACCUUGAGGAUACGAACUUCAGGAGAAAACCAGGGAGAAGUGUGAUCAUCUAUCAGGGUGGGCAGGUCUUCAGUUUAGCCAAUCACAUGAACGGGCGGGUGGGUUUCGUGUCCACUAUGCCCAGCACAAGUGCCUCAGUCUUCAUCAAUAACACACAGCUGUCUGACACAGGAACGUAUCAGUGUCUGGUAAAUAACCUCCCAGACCGUGGGGGACGCAACAUAGGCGUCAUCGGCCUCACUGUGCUCGUUCCCCCGUCCACACCGUCCUGUGGUAUUCAGGGUUCACUGGAUGUGGGCAGUGAUGUCAUGCUGUUGUGUUCUUCAGAGGAGGGCAUCCCCACACCCACCUACUCCUGGGAAAAACUGGAGUCAGUGCCCAAACUUCCCCACAAUGCCAAGCAAGAUCAGAUGCAGGGAAGCGUCACACUGAGAAACAUCAGCAGCAGUUCGUCCGGUCUGUAUCAGUGCACUGCAUCAAAUACCAUAGGAAAGAGCACCUGCGUCAUCAACCUGCAGGUUAUAACACCUCAGCCGCAGAGCGUGGGUCUGAUCGCCGGCACCAUCGCCACGGCCGUCCUGUCUGUGAUCAUCUGCUGUCUGCUGGUGCUGCUCACGCUCUUCUACUGGAGAAACAAGAACAAAUAUGAAGAAGAUGAAAUUCCCAAUGAGAUCAAGGAGGACGAUCUUCCACCGAAGAGAUCUUCAUCGGUCAAGGCUUUCCACACUGAUGCCUCGUCUUCAGAGAACGACACGCUGACAUCCACCAACACCUACAACAGCCGCUACUGGAACAACCCCAAACCAAACUACGACACCAACUCCUACACGCGCUACAACGGUGACACGCGUCAGACCUUCACGGGCGGAGCCAACAUGAUGGGAAAUGCCCCCUCACGCCCCACCUAUGCCAACGGCAGCCACACCCUGCCCCCGCCCAAGACUCUGGUGGUCACCACUAACUCCGCCCCCUCCCCACCCAUCAUUACCCGCAGUAAUGGCUCUCUGAGUCGCCGCCCGACCAUCGCCACGACGCCCACAGCGACUCACGGGCAACAACAC